AUGCCCAAUCCCCGACUGCUGAACUGGGGGCCUCUGGCAAAUGUCAACCCCAGGGGCAUAGACCGCAAAGAUAAAGGGCUUGGUCAAAUCUGCGCCUGCUACGAUUUCGGGGGUGGUGUCGGCCUGGGCGACUCGUUCGCGAUACAUUCGAUCGCUGCAUUCUCUUCAGGCCGCAAGCUCCGUCAAGACGGCUCCUUAGGCGAUGCUGAACUCGCCGAGGCGGCCACGGCUGUCACACAGCUGCUACCAGUCUGGAUCAACCUGGAGGACGUUGCCCCGGGGCAGUUUUCGUCAUUACCGCAUCCGACUCAUGACCCCGCCAUGCCAGGCAAAACACAUCCUCUUGACCACCCGCCGUGGUUCUUGGUCAAUGCGGCAGCUUCUCGAAAUCAUUGCAUUCUCGGACAAGAUUGUGCUGUAGAAUCGCUGCUUAUGGUUCUCCGUCAACCGUGGUGUGUGCUGGAGAUCUGUUGUUGCGACACCCAAACGGUAACUCGGGUCAGUAAAUUUGCGAUUAUCGCCGAGAAGAUCUAUCCUGGAAACUACACGAUCGCCAUCAAGUUGUUCUCCCAUGAACUGGAGACAAGGAUUGUGGAUAGGACUAGAACUCUAGACUGCAAUAUCAACUGUUUGGAUGAUCGCUUGGAUGAUUGGAUGGUACCCCAUCCAACUCUGGCCAUGGUUCGCACGCUUUACACCGACCUAUUCUUCCAUGGUCGCCACUCCCGGAAUCCGUUUUGGCUAUGCCUGAUGGUUGUUUGUGCCGUGUCCCUGAAUCUGGCAUUUUCUGACCUGGCGGGGUAUCUGUUUGACGACGCCAACUACCGAUCCACCUUGCAAUGUCUUGAAAAAACCACACUUUUAGCACUACCGCCCGAGCUGCGCAAGACAAAUUCUGUCUCCGAAGACAAAUUCCUUAGAAUGCAGGCCUCGAAGAAGUCUCCCUUUUGGCGUACUAGACCUAGACGAUCAACCAGUGAUAUUUCAUUGUACAAUAGCGCUGGGCGUCAGGAAGCAUUGAACAGGAGUGAUUCGCGCCACGGACCUCUAAGCUACCAUCGCUUAAUUCUUCUUCAUCGAGUGAUCUUGAAGAGAUUGCAAGAAAGCAUCGCGUGA